AGUUACUUGCUGGUGUUGGGUUCUUGCUAAUUGAUAAUCUAAGUCCUGCAUGUGCAGUUCUGCACGCACAUUGACUUGACGAAUUGCAUUUCCGGAGACUUUAUUCUUUAGUUGUUACAGGUUUUUGGCUAAUUUUCUGGCGUGAGAGAGAGAGAGAGAGAGAAAGAUGAGGAGGAGCUCACAUUUGUACGAUGCAGCGGUGUUUGCAGCCAUGGUGACGGCGGAGUGUGCCUCGAUUGGUUUGACCACACUUAGCAAAGCAGCUAUGUCUAGAGGGAUGAGCAGUUUCAUCUUCAUCAUGUACUCCUAUGCUCUUGCCACCUUCGUUCUCCUCCCCUUUGCCUUCUUCUUCCACAGGGAAACUCUCCGUCCAAUCACCUUUCCCCUUCUCUGUAAAAUGUUCCUUCUUGGCCUAAUUGGUUAUUUGGUGCAAGUCUUUGCAUAUACUGGGAUUCACUACAGCUCUCCUACUCUUUCUGCGGCCAUGAGCAACCUUACACCUGCUUUUACCUUCAUAAUUGCCGUCCUUUUCAGGAUGGAGAAGUUAGAUUGGAAAAGCUCAAGCAGUCAAGCUAAAUCAAUUGGAACCAUUGUAUCAAUCUCAGGGGCAUUCAUUGUGACUCUCUAUAAGGGCCCACCAAUCUUGAUGGAUCCAUCUUUAAACUCAUCAAAUCGACUUCAUCUCUCUUCACAGUCAAAUUGGGUUAUUGGAGGUAUUUUCUUUGCUGCUGAUUGUCUGUUGUCUGCAAUAUGGUAUACCUUCCAGGCAGCAAUUGUUAAGGAGUAUCCGGAAGAGCUCACCCUGAUCUUUCUCUAUUCCUUCUGUGGUACCAUUCAUUCUGCAAUAGGAUCUCUGAUUGCAGAACGAGACCUAAGUGCAUGGAAACUAAAGCCUGAUUUGGCAUUGAUUACUAUUGUAUACUCAGCAAUUCUUGGGUUUGGAUUUUGUGUUGGUACUAUAACAUGGGCCUUGCACCAGAAGGGCCCUCUUUAUGUUGCGAUGUUCAGGCCUUUGGGGAUUGUUAUUGCAGUUGUUAUGGGAGUCCUUUUCCUUGGGGACACCUUCUAUCUGGGAAGUUUGGUUGGCUCAAUUACCAUCACUAUUGGGUUUUAUGCGGUGAUAUGGGGAAAAUCCCAAGAAGAGAAGUUGUAUAAAGGUAUUGAGUUUAAGAGCUUGGAGUCUUCAGCUGAAAGGGACCCUCUCUUGCAACACAAUUAAGACAUAACUUGGAAGCAAUAUAGAUGUUCAUACGAAAUGUAUAUACUCAGAGAAUGUAUGCAUUUUUUUUAUGACAAAAAGAAAGUAUAGAUCCAACUAAGUCAUCUAACUCAAUUUGUAACAUGAGAGAUGCAACUUCAUGAUGAUUGAUCCUUGAUUAGAAGGUUGUUUCAUUCAUAUUCUUGCACAGCCUAACAAUACGAGAAUUAGUCUUCGACAUUGGAUGCAACUCAACAUUCUGAUUGGAUGUUGCUUAGACAUCUAACAGUACUGUGGAAGCUGUUCUGAAUGAUAAUUACUUCCAUAUUUCUCUUUCUGGAAUGCUUUGAAUAAAAAGGCACUAGUAUGAUUUUGAGGUGCAUCUAUACAAUUUUUAGAGAGAGGGUCUGUUAAAAAUUGGUGAUCGAACUUAUGUUGAGUGCUCUUGCUGAUACUUGGAUUCUGACUUUACAAAAGCUUUAGACCUCAAUGUGAUUUUCAACAGGGAAAGGAGUCUUUGUUUUAGAUUUUGAUGGAUGAAGAAGCAAAGGUUUUCUGAGCAGAUAUUAUUUGAAAUCUAUUUGAUCCUGUUGCUGCUGUUCAUAUAUUGCAAAAUCCAGCUUCAUAAUAGUGAUAAUAAGCUCAAAGUUGAGUCAACCUGGACUCUGUCCUAGUCAGGAUCCUUCUGGACAAAGACAGCUGAUAGAUUGACAUCACAGGUGGGAAUCUUCAUUGAAAACCUUCAUUUUCCUUUAUGAUCUUGCCCAUGAAAGAAUUCAAACUGUACACAGAACACCUUGAAUAAUCAUGUUAGAAGUGUGCUUUUUAAACAAUGCUAUUCCAGUCGCAGCAUUAUUGGCUGAAUUGAUGCUGGAAAAUAUCUGUUCUCUUGAUGAGGAACACUCAAACAGUCUAUCACGUCCUGUAAAUGGUAACUUGGCAGCAGCUGUGCAUUUGAAUGCAAGAAAAGAAGAAUAGCAAGUGGGUUGGAUUGUAGCUGUUUUGUUUGGGUUUCACAUAUCAUGCUCUAUGUUUGGCAAGUUUGGUACAUUUGGAAGGUGAGGAGUGCUAUGAGCUUAUGAUUUCCAAGGACAGGAUAGUACAGUACCGCAGAUUCACUUAUAAAGGAUGCUCAAGUUCAUUCAUUUGCUGUCAAAAGCAACUUGUAUUCAGAUCAGCAUGCUAAUGGUUCUAAGGAUUCCUCAUCCUAGAUCUUGGAUGCAGUGUAAUGUGCAUGAAGCUACUGGGGCUAAUUGUUUGGUGCCUGUGGUGGUUAUUAGAAAGCAAAAUAGUAUCUUUAUUGCUGCUAAGGGUGACUUUUGAAUCAUGUUCUGCUGAGAACACAAAGUUAAUUGUCUUUAUCCGCAGUCUUUGUUUUCAAGCAUUGUUAUUGAAGGAGGUGCACAAGAAGUGAUCACUGUGAUCAAGUAUUCAAGUUUCUGCUGGAGAAUUUCCAGAAUCUCCCUUUGCUAGUUGGAUUUGAGUAUGCUAAUUGUAGGACUCUUCUACUCUCUUUUGUUGCAAGAGUGAUGCUCACACUUCAGCCUGCUAGCCUAUGUAUCCGGGUAUUUCUCAAACAGUUGUUGAGCGAUCCACCAGUUUCUAUUACUACAAUUCAUGUUCCUGCAUGGAACUAUGUAGCUGAUGCAUUUUCUCAAUCAAGGGACUAUUAUUUUUAUUUUAUU